AUGCUGAGCUACGAGUGGGACGAAGGCGAGCCAUUAUCUGCACGUGGAGACGACUCAACUGGACAGCUCACCGAGCGAAGGAACCACACACUUCUUAGGCCCAUUUACAUCAAUGCUGUCGAAAGUGUAGAAGACGUUGGCGCCAAGUGCGUCGAAGCUGACGCAGAGGAUACUGAAUUCAGAUACACGCAAUGCGACAAGGACAAACGUCUCAACACCGUGGCGAUGCUACCGUACUGCUUUAAAACAUACCCGGACAAGUCUUCUUCAUGGCCUGAGUUAAUGGCACUUUUCAAGAUGAAUCUAAUCGAGUUCACGCCUGGAUAUGGAAGCGAAAAAUACACAGAGGUCAAUCGAAUUCUAGCGAAUCGUGCUGCAGAUACUGGAGGCUGCAUCGUUGCUCGUUCACAAAUGCAUAACAUCAUAGAAGAGAGGCCCACAUUGGAUAGGACUGUAGAGAAGAGGCUUCUUAUGCCCUCAUUCAAUCAUAACGACAUCAUCUUUCCUGUAGAUGGCCCAUUAGGUAGAUGUGGUCCAUCGCUUCGGUCCACUCUAGAAUGUCCACUAUCAGAUCCGGAUUGGCCACGAUGUUCAGCACAGCAGAUGGUGCUUCGAGAUCAGCGACAUUGGCUCACGAAACUAUGUGCUCUUGUACCUGAACAAGUGGCUUGGCGUGCUCUUCUUCAUGCAGUAGUGUCAUUCAAACCUUCGAUGCCUCUACCUCCAGUGAAGCUUCCUCCGAGAUGUUUAACUCAUGCUCAUCGAAGGGUAUAUCCGCCGGAGACAAAUCCAGUAGAUGGAAAGGGUUACAGUUAUGCAAGAGGUCUCACAAGAAGAUAUGGCUACGAAUCAAGUGAGACGGUUUCUGGGAUAAGUCGUGAAUGUAAGUAUAGCCGCACGCCACGGUCAAAUACUAUGGGAGGGCGACGUUAUGUUAGAGAAGUACACAGAAGAUACGAAAUCAAUCACUCGUCAAAUCACUUCCGACCGCAUGAAUCUAGAACAUUGGGAUCAGGAGAUAGCGACAAGCAUCUUGACGAUUUGCUUCCGGAAUAUUUGAGGCCGCCUAAGGAUCCAUUCGAGGAUGAACCACGAUUUGCUGACAGCACGACAUUACCAAACUACUUGGGAAAUCCGAAUUCUAUCUAUCGCCUUCGGCCGCAUAAAAGCGGUUCAUACGGCAGCUCUGAGACAUCGACUGGAUCAAGUUCGUCAUCUAACCAUUACAACGGAUACUUCAAAAGUUCUGGUACAUCUACAGAAAAAAUUACCGAUACCCAGCAAACAGCAAAGGACACAGAGGGAAAGACAACGAAUGAGAGAACGAGCAGCUCUGAGGAACGAUCACUAGAUCCACUUAAUCCUGUAUACUCGAAGGAAUACGUUGGUUACUCCACUACCUCGGAUUGGCCUACCGAGGCGAUGCUAACAAAUGAGGAAAAAUGUGCAAUCAAACUGUCACAGAUUUUUGGUUGGAGAAAAGCUGUCCGCGUGGUUAGGAAACAUCCACGUGUGCGUGUCGUAAGUCGCCUCGUCGAUUUUGCGCUCAUAGAGGCGGACGAAGAUGAUGAUGACAAACCUGGAGAAGAUGUUAUCAACUAUAUUGAUCUCGUCAAUAUGUUAAAGGGAACUGACGCCUCUACAUCUAACAAAAUUGAAGUCGAUCAAGGAAACCUAAUCGAUUUUUCAGAUGAUAUUUUAAUCUCCACAGCUACUACCACGAACACAACACUAAACACAACUAUGACCGCCGAAUCCACACCGCCUCAACCAUUGUCACUUCUCGAUAUCAACGAAUUGAACAGCGAUGAUACACUAAGUAGUCAUGAAGUAUGGUUGAGGCUAGUGCGAUUUCCCUUAAUACUUGGAGUGUGUUCACAAAUAGAGUUGUUGCUUACGUUGAUUGUUAUUGUGGAGGUAAUAAACAAUAGUUUGUUGGAACGCGAUAUCCAUGAGUAG